UACCUCGGAGCCAAACAAAAAAUGAGUAUUUUUGUGGCGAUUUAUCAUUCAGUUUACGUCCGCUACAACAGAGCCCUCCAUCGAAAACCCCCGACUCAAAAUGGCUGUCAGUGACUUACUAUGCCGACUCCGCCUUCGUACAUCUAUCCUUAUAUGUGAGCUUCAUGAGUCCGCUGUUUAUUUAUUUCCACCAAUAGGUGUCAGUGUUGUCACAAUCACCUAUCGCAUCAAACGAAGAAAACAAACAUGGCGUCCAUCAGCAGUGAACAGUGGAACGAAAUCUGCGAAAAAUUUACCAACGCCCAAAACCUAACAGAUGUCAAAUCUCGAAACGACCCUAAAAAUGACCCUUUUCGCUCCAAGUACAAGGCCAGAGACCUCCUCCGGGAGAUACACUGCUCGCUGAAGAGUUUUGAGGUCGGUGACGGGGAGGAAGACGGCGGUGCGCAGGGCGGCGACCAGCGGUCUAGCGAGCAGCCGGUGGACGGUCAGCUGGAGGAAAUGUUCGAGCGGGGCUUCGGCGGCGAUUCGCCCACCGGGCAGAGGACCGCGAGGCUGGCGGCGGUGGAAUAUUACCUCGGUGUGAACCAUGUGGACACGGAAGAGCUGUCGGCCGGCGAAGAGUGUUUAAUGAACUGUAUGAAAUUAUUGGAGAAAUGCAGAGUGUCAACCGAGAAUGUGUCGUUAUUCAUUCAUGCCCGGAACCAGCUGGGCAUCCUGUGGGCAGGUCGGGAUGAGACUGAAAUGGCACAAGGAUUCUUAGAGACGGCUGAGGCCAUCUACUUGCGCUACAUGAAGGAGGAUGGAAGUCCCCCCACUGAUUUGGUGGAGUAUUUCACUACCAAUGAAAAGAUGUUGACACAUCAAGAAAAGAACAAAAAGUUUGAGCUAGCCUAUACACACACUAUGUAUUACCUUGCUCAGGUCUACCAAAACCUUGGUCAAACUGAGCGAGCUGCCACCUAUUGCCACAGCACCCUGCAGAGACAGCUGCAGUUGAAUCAGUUCAGUCCGAUGGAGUGGGCUCUGAACGCUGCUACACUUUCACAGUAUUACAUAACAAAGGGGAGAUACAUGGAGGGCAGACACUGUCUUUCAGCAGCUACAGUCAUAUCUGGUUUAGCGGGAGAAGUUCCCUCAGAGGCUGCAGCUCAAGAGAGUGAGAUCGAGAGCGAGCGACGGGAUCAGCUGAGGCAGAAGCGAGCUGAGAUUGCGAGAUGCUGGAUUAAGUACUGUCUCAUCCUCCUCGAGGAUGCCAAAAAAGCGCUCGAGGAUAACAUUGGGGAGCUGGAUACUGAUCUUCAAGAAGAGUUAAAGAGGAAGAGGAGGCUUGAGUUGGAGGAAGAAGAAAAGGGCAGAAAGAGCGCUCUACUGUUUGGGUCUGAGGAUACAUUUGACUCCAUUGCAAGUCUGGAGGAGAAGGUAAGCUGCUUGCUUCCGCUGGACUUUACCGAGGCCAGGAAUGUUUUUCUGGUGGGACAGAACUAUGUCACACAGGCAAAGGAGUACUUCCUGAUGGACGGCUAUGUGACUGAUCACAUUGAAAUCCUGCAAGAUCACAGCGCCCUCUUCAGGAUUUUGGCCUUCUUUGAAGAGGACAUCGAGCGACGCUGCAAAAUGCACAAACGACGCGUCGACAUGUUGGAGACUAUCUGUCUCGAGCUGAACUCCCAGUACUACCUCAUGAUCCGCAGACAGUUGAUGUAUGAGCUGGCUGACACAUACAAUGAAAUGAUGGACCUGAAACUGACACUGGCAAACAGACAAGCUGACACACAGUCUCUGGAUAAUCACACCAUUAAGAAAUUCAACAGCCUCUGCUCUGCCGCCACUAAGUACUACCAGAUGUUCCUGGACUCUCUGCGCUCUCCUGAUGGGAAGUUUCCGACGCACCUGGAGGAGGAGGUGCUCAGGCCGGCCCUGGUGGCCCGUUUCAGAGUGGCCCGACUGCACAGCCGACUGAUUUCAUCUCUCCCACAUACGCAGCUGGACAACCUCAACAACUCGCUGGAAAACUACAAAUACGUAGUGGAGUACUGCGAGGCCCAUCCCGAGGCCGCUGCGGCCGUGGAGUCGGAAUUGGAGUUGAGUAAGGAGAUGGUGGGCCUGCUUCCUCUCAAAAUCAACCGCCUCAAAGCCAGGAUGGCUGCUAACAACUGAAUUCUGCCCAUUUGAAAUUUAACAUUCUUUGGUAAUGCCGUGUGUGCAUGCUAUGUGCAGUCUGCUGUAUGGUCACGUUCAAAGAAUACACAUUCCCUUCAAUACAACCUUGUACAGAUGUACAUUUAAAGGAGACGUAUGGUAUAAUGAAAAGCAGACUUUUCAACAUAUUGUUUUUUUCCUUUGAUGAAUAAUACCAAUGAUUAACUUUUGCAAUUCACAGUGCGGUUUAACAAUAUACGUUAAAGCUAUGUUUAAUGUAUAGAAUGUUAUUUAAGUCAUCUUUUGUUUUCAUGGUGGUCACGGGGUAUUAACUCAUUCACUGCCAAUGACGGCGAUAGACGUCAAAUAUAUUUAUACUGGGAUGGCUUGCAGUGGCAUUGAAUGAACAUGCUUCAUGACCAUAAACGGCGAUAAUCCUCCAAUGGAUUGGACGUCUAUCGCCGUCGAUGGCAGCCAAUGAAUUUAACCCUUAAUGCCUGAAUUCACAUAUAGCAGAUAUACAUAAAGCAUUGGAGGAAUACAUAAGUACAUAAAAAUAGUAUUAAUGUAAAAUACUAAAUAUAUAAAAUUAAAAAAUGCUGCUAAAAACGAGGAAACUUAAAAAAAAAAAAAAACAAUCCUUAGAAGAUGAGAAAUAUAAGUAAAUAUAGAACAUUACAAAUAAAGAAAAUAUCUUUAUUUUUAAAUUUAGCUUUUCAACAAUUUCAUUUUUCCCAAAAAAUAUUUAAAAUACACUUUAAAUUUUCUCUUUUUUUCAUACCUUUUUUUUAAAAGUCGUUUUUCUCAUUUUUUGGGUAUAUUUUUCAAUGUAUUUUUCUAUAUUUGUGUGUGUGUAUAUAUAUUUUUGAUUAUUUUAUUUUUUUUCAUGGACUUACGUAUGUAUUCCCAUAAUGCUUAUAAUGUAUAUUUGUCAAAUGUAAAUUCAGGCAUUAAGGGGUUAAUGGUGGAAAAGCCUUCCUGUAUGAAAAUGAAGAGACCCACCACGAGUGCCACAAGAUGCCCAAAGGAUUUUGUCUUCAUCUCUUCCAAAUAACCUGGAAUACUGUGAGGGUCUUAGCAUAGCUGCGCAGUCACACCAGUCUAUAACGGUCGUUCGUUAGGUUGUUUCUCUGUUUUCCUAGUUCUGUCUUGUAAAUGGUAAUAUACCAAAGUGAGUAUGUGAUAAAUGUAAAAACCAUUUAUUUAAAGCCGUUACGCUUCAUCUGUCCCUGUCAAUGGCAGCCAAUGCGUUUUUUAUGCACCCUUCCCAAUACACUUUGAAUUAAAAGUGCAUUAGUAGUGUAUGUCCUCGGUCAUGCGUGAAGCAAUGUAAAAUGUAAAAGCCUUCAUGCAUUUUGCCUUUUCAAACAUAACGUAAUCACCCCUAUCUUAAUAGUCAUGCCAAUGUAUAUAAUGUAUGCAAUAAUAAUAAAUAAUAAAUGCAGUUA